AUGACAUUAUGUCCUGAUGGAUCUAGUCCACCUUGCCAAUGGUCGAGAAAAACUGUUACCGGCUGUUAAAAUGAAGAAUAAACUUAGCCAGGAUUGAGAGAUCUGUAACUAAAAGGAACAAAUGCUCUAUUUAGAAUAAAAACUAACUCUUUACCUAACCACUGUAUUAUUUCAAGCACUACUACUAAGAAGAAUGAAAUUGACUUUUAAGUUUUAUUUAAGAAUAGAAUCUCCCUAACAAGAAUGCUUUUAGAUUCUGAAGACGAUAAAUCUUAUCAAUUCAACGGAAAUAAUUUAAUUCAGUGUAAAUAUGGCACUUUUUGA